AUGAAAUUUCCGGAACUAGGCAAGUCCUCAAGACCACUAUUCUUAUCUACUCUAGUUUUGUUUGAUGUUGAGACUACAGGCUUACCAUCUGCAAACUUUAAUCCAGAAAUUACAGAGUUAUGUAUGUUGGCUUGCAGCCGAUUCAGUUUAGAGAAUGCCACUGAUGAGCCUAGAGUAGAAAACAAACUCACAUUAUGCUUCAAUCCUACCCGAACUAUUUCAUCCAUAGCAUCUAAAAUCUCCGGUUUAAAUUCCGACAAUUUGUUCCAUCAGAAGGAUUUCGAUGCCAGUGCAGUGGAUCUUAUUCAGUUGUUUAUCAAUCGAUUGGAUGCACCUGUAUGCUUUAUCGCACAUAAUGGACUGCGUUUUGACUUUCCAUUGUUGAGAGCUCAAAUAAUGAGUGUAAAGGGAAAGGAUUACAUUCUGAACGACUCUACGCAUGCACCAAUUAUAUGCACUGACACCCUACCUUUAUUUCGUGAGUUUGCCUCACAGUUGGCUGGAGCAAAUUCAGAUGAUUCCGGAUUUAUUUCAACUGAUGACCAGUCAUCUACCUCUGUUCCUUUAUCUCAUUCUAGUCCGAAAAAGUUACCUAGUACUACUACAAACAAACAUUCCUUUCACUUAGGUGAUAUACACGAACGUGUAUUUGGUUUAAAACAUAAACAUGCUCAUAGUGCAGAAGGUGAUUGUAAAGCAAUGCUUCGAUUAAUCCAGUAUUUAGGAUCACCUGCUAUCGAUUGGUUGCAAUCUCAUUAUAUGAAUUUUAAUUCAUUAACACCUAUGUAUAGCUUACAGUCAUCUGGUACUAGUCGGAUUUGUUCACUGUUCCCUUACCAAAGAACUAAUGUAUAUUCAAAUGUAUUCCUUAAUGAUACCGCUUCUCAGUUGGAUAACUUACAGUUGGAAUAA